UUCUGCAAUCUCUGCUACCGAAUACACAAAGCAUAACUGCAGCCACCUGUUACAAGCAGCGAAUUAACUCAAAGAGCUCUCAUCUCAAAAAAAAAAAUGCAGGCUGAGGAAUACAAUCGCAGAGGUAAGGAGCUGGUGGACUACAUCACAGAGUACCUGGGCUCCAUCAGGGAGAGGAGGGUGAUUCCAGAUGUGAAGCCAGGUUACAUGAAGGAGCUUCUCCCUGAUGCUGCACCUACAGAGCCGGAGGACUGGGAGAGUAUCUUCAACGACAUUGAGAAAGUCAUCAUGCCAGGAGUGGUUCACUGGCAGAGCCCUCACAUGCAUGCCUACUACCCCAGUCUGACUUCAUGGCCCUCUAUGCUCGGGGACAUGCUGGCCGAUGCCAUCAACUGUGUUGGAUUCACCUGGGCCUCCAGCCCAGCAUGUACAGAAUUGGAAAUGAAUGUGAUGGACUGGUUGUGUAAAGCACUGGGGCUCCCCUCCUUCUUCCUGCAUCACCAUCCUGACAGCAGAGGUGGAGGCAUACUGCAGAGCACAGUCAGUGAGAGUACACUGGUUGCUCUGCUGGCAGCCAGGAAAGACAAAAUUUUGCAGCUGCGGGCUGAGCUCGACCAGGACGUGGACGACUCAGUCCUAAAUUCAAGACUGGUGGCCUACGCUUCAGAUCAGGCUCAUUCCUCAGUUGAGAAGGCAGGUCUGAUCUCUCUGGUGAAGAUCAGGUUUCUGCCCACCGAUGAACAGUUGUCUCUGAGAGGAGACACUUUGAAACAAGCCAUACAAGAAGACAGGAGGAGAGGACUGGUCCCUUUCAUGCUGUGUGCAACUUUAGGAACUACAGGAGUGUGUGCCUUUGACAAUCUAUCUGAACUGGGACCAGUCUGUGUAGAAGAGGGACUUUGGCUCCAUGUUGAUGCUGCGUACGCUGGCUCAGCCUACUUCUGUCCUGAGCUCCGCUGGUCCCUAGAGGGCAUUGAAUUUGCUCACUCUUUUGUCUUCAACCCUUCCAAGUGGAUGAUGGUCCAUUUUGACUGCACAGCUUUCUGGGUGAAGGAUAAAUAUAAGCUCCAACAGACGUUCACUGUUGAUCCUGUUUACCUCAGACAUGAAAACUCACAGGCAGCCACAGACUUUAUGCAUUGGCAAAUUCCCCUCAGCCGACGUUUCCGUUCUCUCAAACUCUGGUUUGUUAUGCGCUCCUUUGGACUGAAAAACCUCCAGGGUCAUAUCAGACAUGGAAUUGAGAUGGCAAAGCUCUUGGAGUCUCACAUAAGGAGUGACCCAAAUUUCGAGGUUCCUGCUGAGAGGCACCUUGGCCUGGUGGUCUUCUGUCUGAAAGGAGGAAAUGCUUUGACACAGGAGCUGUUGAGGAGACUGACCCGGUCAGGCACCAUGUACCUCAUCCCUGCAGACAUUCACACCAAACGCAUCAUUCGAUUUACAGUGACCUCACAGUUCACUACCGCAGAUGACAUCCUUAAGGACUGGAGCAUCAUCUCCAAAACGGGUUCCACUCUUCUGGCUGAGACACAGGCUCUGAAUAACGCAGACCAACUAAAAUCAGGGAAACAUGAGGAGAUAGGAGCUGAAGAAAACCAAGACCCUGACUCAGACACCAGGUCUGAGGAGAGAGAGGAUGCUGCCUCCAGGCUGGACAAGGCUGAGGUGGAGCUGUGGAUCGACAAGGCUUGGACUCGAUCUAGGAGACCAAUGCGCUCUCUUAGCUGCAACAGCGAGCCUCUGCCUUACACUUACAUUGGGCCGCUGUCUGGCUACGACUUUGAAACAAGGCCUAGUCUUAAAGAUGCUGCAGGUGCCCUCCCCGCGCCGUCAACGACAGGAUCUGGCCCUGUGUUCAAGAUUACAGAGAUGCCUUCAAAUCUUCUGGGUAAACAGGUCCUGAAAAAGCUGACAAAGUUCUACAGCGUGCCCAGUUUCUGCAACCAGUGGGUGCAGUGUAGCCGGCACCAGCUGUGCUGCCCUCUGAAGGUUUCACAGGCAACUCAAAAACACUUGUCCUCUAGCUGCAGAAGAAUGAACUGUAUGUCUUCUUCUCCUGUAGCCAACACAGCUCCCUCUCCUACUCCACUGGAAACUGCCACUGCACCUAAGCUCCUGUAAUGAUCCUGAAAGCAGCGUACAGUAAUUCAUACACACACGGUAAAUCAGCUAUUGAUAAUUAGACAAUUUAGUACUGUACCAGGUGUGUUGGUGCUGAGCCAGCACAGUCAGCUCUUGGCAAAUUGAAGAUCACUAUCUGUGUCAAUGAUUUGGGAUUGCUUUGCUCAUUUACAAUCAUGUUUUCAAAAGCUUUUUAUUAAAAAGUAUUUCAAACAAAA